CAAAGGGCCAUGCAGCGGCUCCGAAAGGCUGGCAGAUACCUCGUCGGCACAGUGCAGGUUCUCUGCGGCGUCCACCUCUUCAACGAGCACGUGGCCGAGAUCCGACCGUGCGCCGGCGCCUCCAUGUACCCGACCCUCGCCGACUCUGGCACCCUCGUCCUUCACUCCCGCCUCGCUCUCCGCCUGUCACCUCUCGCUCGCGGCAACCUCGUCACGGCCGUCUCGCCGCUCGACCCGGCGCACCAGGUCCUCAAGCGCGUCAUGGGCCUCCCCGGUGACGUCGUGUGCGUCGACCCGACCGGCGAGAGGAGGCUCGCCGACGUCGAGUGGUGCACGGUGCCGCCGGGGCAUGUGUGGCUCGCGGGCGACAACCAGAGCAACUCGACCGACUCGAGGGACUAUGGACCGGUGCCGAUGGGCCUCAUCAGGGGCAAGAUCGUCGCACGGGUCUGGCCCAGCCCCGACUGGCUCAACACGACGUUUCACAAGGUCGACCGAGCAUAGCCUCCACCGCAUCACCUUGCUGCAU